AUGUCAGACCCUACCCAACCCCCGCGCCGCUCGGCACGGCCACGCAUGUCGCUCAACGGCACCGGCUCCGGCGGCCUCCAGCUCGGCGGAUCAUCCAUGACCACAACCGCAAAGGAACGCACCGCCAACACAAAGGAGAACAACAAGGACGACACCAUCCGCAGCGCACGCGAAAAGCUCGCAAAAAAGAAGCGCGCUGCAAGCGUGGGAGGCUCAGAGCUACAGACCCUCCUCAAGGAGACCCACAACCACCUAGCCACAAACGCAGCCACCAGCAGGAGAAACGCACCACGACCAAGAAAGAGCGCCAUCCGUGCAGUCCCACAGGUGUUUGAGAGCCCAACCGGCCUCGUACCCAGCCCAAAGUCACGGCAGGGCCUCGCCCUCAAACCCCUCGUCGCAUCCCCGCAGAAUGACAGGCGCGAGCCACCCAACGCUACCGCCACCACCACCUCCGCCAUCGGCCCCGCCAUAAGCCAGCCUGCCACCAUCGACCUACCAACCGCCGCGGCGACCCGCGAUGCCACACAGACUAUCGCCGCCUUUGGGCAGCGCGACCCCACCCUCACGCUCAACGACCCGGCCGGCGCACGCGGUUGCGCCACCCAGAUCAUCCGACCCAAGCGCAGAGUCACCUUCAGCAAGCGCCAGGAAAAGACCGAGUUCGCAAAGGAUGAACCCACCCUCAACCUCGGAUCCCUGCGCAGAGACGAGCCGGCCACGCCUUCCACCACCCAGGGCUCAUCGAGCAUGGGCCGCUCCUUUAACCACUCCAACUCGGACAGCGACUCGGACAGCGACCCAGACUCGGACGACAGCGACGACGCCUCGGCAAUGAUUAUGGCCACCACCUCCGACAUGAUGCUCACCGCCUCGAGCUACGGCAAUGCAUCCUCGGACAUGGACCUCAGCCUCGACGACCCGAUCGACAGCCGAGGGCUCGAUGGCGACGACGCCACCAAGAGCAUGGAGAUCACCGUCGCCCAUGGUCAGAUCCGCAAGCGCAAACUCUCAGGGAUGGGCACAUCCGACUCGGACUCGGACCUCGACGAGAGCCUCGAUGCACCCGGCGAUGUCGACCUGACCGUCGAUGACAUGUCGCACGCCAUGGACUUCACCGAGGCCGUGGGCGGCGCACCCCUGCUCAAGCGCAGGCGGAGCAGCGUGGCCCAGCUCGCUGCCGAUCGCGCCGUUCUGAUGGACAACGAGCAGGCCGACGACAUGACCGCAUCUCGCGCCGGCGUUACCUUCACGCACGCCGCCUCGGACGAGAGCAGCGCCUCUUUCGAUGCCGGCGACGACCAGAGCGCCAUGAUGGACUUCACCAUGCCCAUGGGCCUCGUGCGCACUGGCGACGACGACACGCAACGUAGCGUCGGCGGACGCUCGAUGGCCACUAUGAUAUCGGAUCGGGACAGUGGCGACGAGGACCUAGACAUGUCGGUGUCGAUGGACGUGACCAGACCAGUCACCACCGUCAUCAAGACCAAGGGUGCCGAGGCUGCCAACGAUGCAGACCUUCCCCAGAUAGGCGACGACAGCGUUCCCCUCGGACGCAACAACCUCGGCGACGACGACAGCGACGAUGAGCCUGAUCGCCUGGCCGCCGUCGAUGCCAGCGCGGACGUGAGCAUGCCCAUGGAGAUGACGCACGCCAUGACUGGCUUCAUCGAGCAAAAGGACGGCGAUUCUUCCAGCGACGACGACGACGGCGAGAGCAUGGAGAUGGACCAAGACGCCACGAUGCAGUCGACGAUGCAGAUGACGCGGGCCAUCGGCAAGAUCACUUCGCAGCCAUCACCUGCCAAGCACAGCCCCAGCCUCCCGCCACAAGACGACCGCUCUCGCCUCCUGGCCAGGACGCCGUCACAGUCGCCUCGAAAGCCUGCCACUGCGACUGACAACGAUUCGUCGUCUAAGAUGGCCGGCGCCUCGCCGAGCAAGUUCCGGCAGUCGCUGCGUGGCGGUAUCGAGUCGCCCUCGUUGGCUCGGUCGCCCGCACGUCGCGUCGGGGGCACCGUGCCGCCGCCCGGAAGACCGUCGUUGAGCAACGUCUCGAUCAGCAGCUUCCGCCAGUCCCUCAUCGGAGGCGUCGAGUCGCCAAGCUACGUGCGAUCUCCUGCUCGUCGUAUCCAAGCGAGUCCGCCAAAAGCCGCCGCAGCCCCUGCGACCGCUUCGAUCAGCACCCGCCUUGCGACGCCGACGAAGCCGGCAACGUCCACCCUGCCACUUGGCCUGAGCCUGUCGGCGCGCAAGCGCAGCCCCUCCCCCGAGACCAAGGCGGCGAAACGAGCUGCCAUGACGGCCGGCCGCAAGUCGCUCGGAUCCAACCUGACCACAGCGUCUUCGCUCUAUCGCCCGCAACCCUUCGGGACGAGCAAGGACGCUCGCGCGGCCCGAUCCUCGAUUGUCGCCGCUGUCCUUCCGGACCACAGCCGCUUCAAGGACGAGUCGUUCGCAUCUGCCCCUCCGUCGGACAUGGACGAGGUUUCAGACCUCGAGGUGUACGGCGAUGAGCUGGACAACAAGGCGGGCGAGUCGAGCUACAGCUUCAACGACGAGGGUGCGCCAUUCCACAUGCCGCUCAACGCGUUCCUAUCGCACGUCGGCGUGCAGUUCCACGAGGAUAUGAGCGCCAGCCGGCGUCGGCCGGUGCCCGCGCGCGAUGGCGACAGCUCGACCGACGGCGAAGCAUCCGGGCCCAAGGCGCCCGUCAGCCUGGUCCGACUGGUCAAGGCCGCGUGCGGAGCGGUGCCUCAGCUCGAGGCACUGCGAGACGCCUGCCGCGAGAUAAAAGAGCAGGUCGAGGACGGACGCGAUCGCCUCGUCGAGAUGGAGGCGGCCUUCUACUCGAACCCGCCCGACUUUGUUCGCGAGAUCAUGGGCCUGUCCAACGACGAAGAGAAAAAGGAGAUGGAGGCGCAGUUCAAGCUGCAGAAGCAGGCCGCGAGGGCGCUGGCGGUCAGCGACUACUACGGGUGGAGGAUGGACAAGGAGUUCGACGCCGAGAUGGUCCAGACGCUGCAGGCGUACCACGGCCGGCUGCAGUGCGACCUGCAGAUUGUCGAGGAGAAGAGGGAGGUGCUGGGUCAGAAGCUGCUUCCGCCUCUUCGGACGCGACACCUCGAGCUGCAACGGGAGCUCAAUGCCGCGCGGCGGAGGCAGAAGGAGAUCGAGGAGUGCGACCAGGAUGAGCUCAAGAGCCUCUACGCCAGCAUCGAGGAACAACACGAGGUGCUCGAAAGCAUGCGCGCGAAGCUGGACGAGACGACGCAGUCGCACCAGCGCGUCCUGAAACGGCUGCACGAGAACGAGGAGAAGAUGGCCUCUGCGUCCGACAUGAUCGCCAAGGCGCGCGCCGUCUGCGACCAGAUCCAAGGGUGCACGCGCGGCGAGGCACGGCGCCUCCUCGGCGAGAUACGCAACCUCGAGAAGCUCCACCUCGUCCGCAUCGCUCGCGUCGGCGUAGCUCCGAAGGAGAAGAAGGACGAAGAGCGGAGCGCCAUCGAGGUCGUGAUGGACGGAUGGCUGCUCGUCUCGUUGACGCUCGACCUCGUCAAUGCAGGUGCCGUCGAGGCGGUCUCGCUUCAGUCGGUCAGCGAAAAGGGCAGUGCGGCCAGCGAGGUCGACCUCAUCCGGCAAGCGGCGGUCGGCAUCCUUCGUGCCGAGUUUCAGAAGGAGAAGCCGCAAAAUGCCGUGCUGAUCCUGCGCCGCAUCUUCAAGACGCUGAUCCGACACCGGCACCUCCAGGCCGAAAUCGAGCAUCUCCGAUGCCGCUUCCCGCUACAACUCGUCGCAACCGGCGGCGAUGCGAGCAGCACGGGCGACGAGCGCCAUCUCUCGCUGCGAGCCUCUGUGCUGCUGCCGCGGCAGCGGAGCAAGAUUGUCAUUCAAGCCCGGUCGAACCUCGCCUGCAUCGCUUCGGACCAGCCGACUUUUGAGCCCGACCAGGUUCGCGUCGAGACCGUCUAUGGACCUGCCGAUGCCCUGGCCAUGUCGACCCAGAUUCUAGACUGCCUCGCUGCCGAUCCGACCAUCGGCAGCUUGGGUAGGGCCUGUCUCGAGACGGUCGAGACGUUCGACGUCUAG